ACAACACUACACCGGUUUAAAGAGUUUGAGAGAGAGGUUAAUCUAUUUUACAAAACAUCUCUAAACUUUUGUUUAUUUCUCUUAUUGGAAAUACACUAUUUCCUUCAAAUUUCUAUCUCCGUACUCGUUGAUUAUCGUGUAUAACAUUUUAAUAUAAUUAAUAAUUUUUAAAAAAGUGAAGUGUUUCAGUGUUAUUGAUAAAGCGAUAUUAUCGUAUCUUUUGUCAUCGUAAAAUAGUGACGGCUUUUGAUAAUAGAUAUACAAGUGGAUACACGUCGCUAUGUAUUGAAUGAAAUAAACCUUGUCCGCAUUGCACAAUGUGAUUUCCUAUAUCAAGUAUCCAAGUACUAGUACUAAGUAUGAUAUGAAACAUUGAAGAAGCGAAAGCGUGUAUGUGUUGCGUAAAGUCGAGUGCCGGUAACUCAAGACUAGUGUUAGUGUGAUUAGAGCGCGGCUGAGGUCGAUCAUCAUGCUGCCGUGGAUACAGCACCGAUGGACCGGCCUCUGCCUCCUUGUGGCUGCAUUGGCCACCCUAAUGCUUUUCCUGUAUGGAUUCUUCCCAUUGAAGUAUCAUUCAGGAAGGAUGUCACAUAUGGAUGAUCUACCUAACUUCAUAGAAGGCGUCAGUAUUGAUGGCCAGCAAGUUUAUAGUUCUGGUGAGAACAGUGUUGUCCUCAUGGUGAUAGAUGGCCUCCGUUACGACUUUGUAACGGAAGAGUACAUGCCUUACACCGGACAACUGCUCAAGAACAAAUCAGCUUGCAUCUAUGUAUCAGUGGCUGAACCACCUACAGUCACUAUGCCUAGGAUCAAGUCACCUGAGCGUAAGAAGGAAAAGGCACAGUGGAGGCGCACAAUAAACUUCUGGCGGGAUAUAUUUGCCAUGAUGACAGGCAGUGUCUCCACAUUCGCUGAUGUAGCACUUAACUUCGGUGCCCCAGCGGUUCGCGGAGACAGUGUGUUGCGCGUCGCUAACGCUAGAGGGCGCCGUACUGUGAUGUAUGGAGAUGAUACCUGGCUGAGACUGUUCCCUGGAUUGUGGUCAGAGUACGAUGGAACUACUUCUUUCUAUGUCACUGAUUAUACAGAGGUGGACAAUAACGUCACAAGACAUCUAGACAAAGUGCUAACACCAAAUGAGAAAAAGAAGCCUACAUUCGACUUUCUAGUGCUUCAUUACUUAGGUCUAGAUCAUAUAGGACAUUUAGAGGGCGCUAGGAGCCCUAAGAUCAAACCGAAACUGCGAGAAAUGGAUGAAAUUGUCAAGAAGAUAUUUUCUGCCAUGCAAACGUGGGACCGUAACGGCGUGCUGAUAGUUUGCGGCGACCACGGCAUGCGCGACGCGGGCGGCCACGGCGGCGCCACGCCCAGCGAGGUGCUCGUCCCGCUCGUACUGGCCAGGAGCUCAGACUUCGAGUGCCCGCAUCCCCUAGGUCCAGGGCCAACAGUAGCACAAGUGGACGUAGCCCCAUCAGUAGCGUGGCUCCUGGGUGCUCCGCCCCCCGGGGACAGCGGAGGCCGUCUGCUCCCCGCACUACUCCCACAGGACCCGCGACAGCAUCUAUACUUACUGCACGUACUCAGCAGCCACGCUGUGAAGCAAGAUAUACCUACUAACACUGAGUUCUACAAACAGUUCCAACGAGCUGAACAGCAGUUUGCCCACUACCUCGCGACGGGCCAACAGAGUGCCGCCAAGAUAGCCAAGGAGUUCUACGAAGAAUCACUAGCUAAGAUGUCCGAGUAUCUCACUCAAACUAAGACUGAGUUUGAUUUGUUCGCCAUUGGAGUCGCUAUUGUUUUGUUGUAUGCGAUCGCAAUAUCACUCCUCCUAGUCACCCUAUACUCGCUCCAACCAGACACGAGACGCAAAACGAGCAUCACAAGCCGCUCCCACCAGCGCUCCAACAUCGGCUCCAUGAUCGCUUUCCUCGUCAUCUUCUGCAUAUGCAGCGCAAUCCUCAUCACAUCCUGCUUUAUAACCGAAACCAAAAGCCAACUAUGCAAUUUCGAGUCCUUCUGGAUACUCGGACUCUUCGCAGCAUCCUCAAUGUUUACCAUCACUUAUUUCCUAAUUAAAACUGGUAUUGAAAGGAUAAAAGACCUUUCCUUACUCAAUGAAUUAAAUGCCAUAGAUAUGUUACUGAUAGGAGCCACUUUGUUCCACUGCUGGUCGUUCUUUGGCACCAGUUUCAUUGAAGAAGAGCAUAUGACCUGGUAUUUCUUUUGGAACACUUUAAUGUUCUUUGUGUUGGUGAGGACUGUUGUUAUAUUGCUCAUGUAUUUGAGUAAGAAGUUGACUGGAGCGACUGAGGUGCAAGAAAAGCCGGAGUUGCAACAGCGGAUGAGCGCUGUCGGUGUUGGGAUACUGCCUAAAUGGGUGCUGUUGAUUGCUUUGCAUAGAUACUUAAGGACAAUGAACCAGACUGGAGACAGGUGGUUGUUCCUACCUGACACUGCAGACUGGCUGAAUGCACCUGAGAACGUAUUCUAUCUGCAAGCUCAUCUUGUCGUAGGCACAAUCGGAACACUAGUAAUAUGCCUACGGAACCUUCGUUUCCUGAACAACGUGAAACACAUCCAAUCAAUGUUAACAAUCGCGGCAGUGGUCUGCGUGCUAUGCUACAGGAUCGCUUCCAACACCUUGGAAACUCCCAUCGACGAUAUAAAGACUUGGGACCCGGUCAAAAUCGUAGACGUCUUCUGGGCAAUACUCAUAGCACAGUUCCUACUAGAAAUAGUAUCCUACAUAGGCAUCCUAAAGUCCUGUGGCUUACAACCAACAAGAAACAACCAAAGCGCUAAUAAAUUUGAGUACAGCAAGCCCAAAGCGAAGUCUGAAGAUUAUUUCUACGAUAACUUAAUGGAAGAACCGUGGAAUGUUGAAGAAGUGAAGUUAAACUUAGUUCGAGGACUUUCUCACUUAAUGUUGAAUGACUUGAUGUUAAUAGUGUGUUUGUUGAUGCGUCCCCACAACGUGGUGAUGGUGCCCAGUGUAUUCGUGACGUGUGUGCUCACCUCGCAGUGCAUGGACCACAAACUGUUGGACUCCAAGUCCGGGAAAAAGACUGAAGUGGCCGAUAUACUUAGUCGGACGCUUGUACACAUGUGGAUUGGUAUACUGUUCUUCUUUUAUCAGGGUAACUCAAACAGCUUAUCCUCAGUAGACCUCGGUUCAGGCUACGUGGGGCUCCGUGAGUACUGCCCGGUGAGAGUGGCGCUCCGCAUGGGCCUCCACGCGUACGCCGGCCCUGCUAUAGCGGGCGCCGCGCUAUUCGCCACCAUCGCUCGACAUUCUGAAACUUGGGACACGUACUUACAAGCAAUAUGGCGUUCAACAAACAUCCUGGCGGCCCAUCGAGUGUAUUGUGUAGUAGUGUACUGUGUAAUCGCGACCAUCUUCCGAGACCAUCUGUUCGUAUGGAGCGUGUUCUCUCCCAAGCUAUUAUAUGACUUCGUAGCGACCAUAUUCUCCUUACAAGCCCUCGCUACGAUAGCACAGCUACAAUUCCUAGCACAUACCACUAACUACCUCGCUAGGAUGUUCACGUAUAAGUCAAGACUGUGAUAUAACUAGUGUCUAGUGCGUACCAAAUGUAUUCUAUGUUGUGGAUUUAGAGCUCAAUUUACAAUGGAUGUAUUAAAGUGUUUGUAAUGAGUUGAAGCGUUUUGUUAAUGGGUUGAUUUACUCCAAUGUAUGCUUCUUUAAUUGAUUUUGAACUUUAUUGUUUUCAAUGUAUUGGCGAAAAUGUAUUACAUGUUUGGAUGUUGAAGAAGGUUGACCUACUAGCAUAAGCCCAUAGCAUAAUGAACUUUAUUUUAAUUGUGUAAAGUACAAAAUAAGUAAAAGCUUAUUAGCUACAGAAUUUAUUUGUUUAAUUUGCAUGUUACUCAAUUUGACAUAAAGUUCAUUUUCCUAUGUACAAUUUUGAUGCAAACUCACUUUGAUUACAUUCUGCCGUGUAGAUAGAGCAUAAAAUGAGUUGAUAGACUUUUACAAGUGUUGUUAAAUAUUGCCAUUAUUAUGUUACUAUAGUGUUGUGAUUAUAAAGUGUAGCAAGUUAGCAAUGUCCCUAAAAAAACAUUAUACAGGUGCUACUGAAUUCGUACGCAGUAAAUGUAGUUAAAGAAUGCCACAGGUUCGAAUCAUGUCAGGCCUUUCAUUAUAAUUAUCUGCCCAAUCCAAUGGGAAACAGGCGUGAAGAUGUGUAUGUUUUUACGCAAUUAGCUUCCCCUCGGCCGAUCUGUAAGUCAUUGGAGCCUUAUGUUCAUAAUUGGACAUCUUGUGACUCGUAUACUGAUGGUACGAAUUCAAUAGUACCCUGGUAUAUUUGACAAUGAGACGAUUUGUCGGUAUGUAUGUUAUUAUGUGAAGUACAGACAGAAGGCAGACUAUUGUGUACUUAUAUUGUGUUAGUAUAUUUAAUUGUAGAUAAUAUUCUAAAUUAGCUAUAUGAGUGUGACAUAUAUGUGGUAUUAUAUUUUUAUUGUAUUAAAAUUACUAAAGUUAACAACUAAAGACAUUCCUUGAACGAACAUGUAAUUUUUAUUGUUGUUUACUAUAUUUUUAAUGUAAAAGGAGCAAAGAAUAAAACAAAUUAUUAUCUUAACAAUUUUUAUUAGUGUAAGUGUAUACUGGAAACACAUUUUUUUUAAGAUUUUUAUUAUUGACAAUAUUCUAUAGGCGUCACAGCGACCCCUCACCAAACCGAUGUCCUAAAUAAAUCUAAUUUUACAUUAA